AUGAACUUAGAAGAUUUGCCUCAAUAUUUACUGGAUAAUUGUCAUUACAAUAUGAACGUUUUUGACCGCAAAAAAUCAAUGAAAGACAAUCACUAUAUAAUAGCAUUUAUGGACUUUUCAGGUGGUAAAUGUUCGCUCCGACAUCUUAAAUGGAUUGAUCAAAUUUAUCAAGUGGCCUCAAAUCUGUCUAGUCAUGGAAAAUAUUUUAUAGCAGACUACCAAGAUAUAGAUGUCAUAAAUCCGGAAUGGAAACCCCAAGACUUCAAACAAAAUAAAAAACCCACAAUAAUCGGUAUAGAUCGUAAGAAAAACAAAUUUCUAAUGAAGGAUUUUAAAACUACUGCCUCCCUGUUUUACUUCGUCUAUGAUUUAUACAGCGGAGAUUUAUAUUUUACAGAACCUUGGCCUAAUAUCUACGAUGGCAAGUUGGUUAAAACUUGUAUAGCAGAUAGUUUAAAUUUAUGUAUUUCCUCCAUUAAAAAGAAUAUAUUUUUAGCAAUUUAUUAUUCGAACACGGAAAGUUCUGAACAAUUUUUACAGCUUUUGGAAGAGGUUGCCGGAGAUGUGAAAAUGUUUUCGUUAAAAAUGAUAAAAAUUGAUGCUCGUUUAAAUUAUAUACCUUUGGAAAUGGACGAUAAAGAAUAUCCAAUUUUAUACUUUAUACCGAAGAAACAUAAAAAUCGACGUAUACGUUUAAGAAGUAACAACUUAAAGAAAGCAGGAAUUGUGGAUUUUAUUACUGUGAAUAUACAGAAGGCGGAAACAGAUAAAUUAAAGAAAUAAAAUGAAAGAUUAAAAUAAAUACAUAUGUCUUUUUAACUAGUAAAAUGUUAUCUAAAAUGUCAAAUUUUUAAAAUUGUUCUUUAAACAUAAGUUAGUUAGUUAGUGCCACUUAAUAUUUGAUAUUUUUCGCAGUGUAUGAAUUUCAUAAUAAAGCUUUAU